GCAGAUGGGCGGGGAGGCUGCUUCCUGGAGACCGCAGGUGUAGAAGCAAGCGCCGCGCCCCGACCCGGACGGGCUUCCGAAGCUGGCAGAGUCCGGGGGAUUUGGGCUACUCAGGAGACAACUUGGAGAAACAGACUCCAAGAAGGGUGGAGAGGAAAUUAAGCUGGACUCCUGCCUGAUCCCCCACUGUGGUAGGAUGAAUGUGGGGGUGGCACACAGCGAAGUAAACCCCAACACUCGAGUGAUGAACAGCCGGGGCAUCUGGCUGGCCUACGUCAUCCUGGUAGGACUGCUGCAUGUGGUUCUACUCAGCAUCCCCUUCUUCAGCAUUCCUGUUGUCUGGACACUGACCAACGUCAUCCAUAACUUGGUUAUGUAUGUCUUCCUACAUACGGUGAAAGGGACACCCUUUGAGACCCCUGACCAAGGAAAGGCUCGGCUGCUGACACACUGGGAACAGAUGGACUACGGGCUCCAGUUUACGUCUUCCCGAAAGUUCCUCAGCAUCUCCCCCAUUGUGCUAUACCUCCUGGCCAGCUUCUACACCAAAUAUGAUGCUGCUCACUUCCUCAUCAACACAGCCUCACUGCUUAGCGUACUGCUGCCCAAGUUGCCCCAGUUUCAUGGGGUUCGUCUGUUUGGCAUCAACAAAUACUGAGAGAUGGGGCUGGGGAUGUUGGAACAAAGGGCUGUAACAUCCCUCCUUUCUCUGUACAGCCUGAGAACUAUGCAACCUUUCCCAAACUCCCCGACUGGAAAUGCAAACAUUCUCCAGAUUUUCAUUGGAAAAGGGGGUCCCCGGGGCCCCGCCCUGCUGGAGCAGGUUUCUUUGAAUCAGGAAAGACAGGUGGGGUGCGGGGCAGAGCGCUCCUCUGCAGCAGGAAGCCAUGCUUGGGCAGCUUUUAGGUUGAUUAAGGUUUUCCCCAUCAUCCACUCCCACCACCUUCCAGCUCUGUUUUACUGUGUUUUCCUUAUAAUAAAGGUAAUUUUUUUCA